ACCCCCACACACAAAUAAAUAAAUAAAUAAAGUUUAAUAAAAUAAGCAAAAGCAAACAGGAUUCCCAUGCACUUGUCCGCACCCCAUCUCUCCACUGCUGACUCACUCCUCACAAUUCACUCCCACUCAUUAAAAUAAUAUAAAUUCCCAACAAAAAGCUUCAGUUCUAUCAGACCCCCAGUUCUCUCACUUCCUUCACCGCCAUGGCUUCUCAACAUCCUUCCCUUCUGCUUUCCCUUUUGUUCUUAGCCUUAACCAUAAUAACACCAGGGCAAGCGAUAGAGGAAAAGAAGAAGACUUACAUUUUUAGGGUGGAUCGUGAAUCCAAACCGUCCAUUUUCCCAUCGCACGCACACUGGUAUGCAUCUGCUGAGAUGUCUGGUGAUGCUCUCUCCGUGCUCCACGUGUACGAUACCGUCUUCCACGGCUUCUCGGCCUCGCUCCCUCCCUCUCGCGCCGACGAGCUCCGCAGCCACCCUGCUAUCCUUGCCGUUUUCGAGGAUCGCCGCCGGUUCUUGGAUACCACUCGCUCCCCUCAGUUCCUCGGCCUCCGAAACCAGUUGGGCCUAUGGUCGCACUCCGACUACGGCUCUGACGUCGUCAUCGGCGUCCUUGAUACCGGCAUCUGGCCGGAGCGCCGCUCUUUCUCCGAUUUUCAUCUCGGCCCCGUGCCUUCCCGUUGGCGCGGCGUCUGUGAGUUCCAGCCUUCCUCUCUCUGCAACCGCAAGCUCAUCGGCGCCCGUUCUUUCUCCAAAGGCCACGGAGCCGACGGAUCCGGCCCCGGGAUCAACGCAUCCGUUGAGUUCUUGUCCCCUCGCGACGCCGACGGCCACGGGACCCACACUGCUUCUACCGCCGCCGGUCGCCACGCCUUCCGCGCGAGCAUGUCUGGUUACGCCCCCGGUAUCGCCAAGGGCGUCGCUCCGAAGGCUCGCAUCGCCGCCUACAAAGUCUGCUGGCGCGGAGCCGGCUGCCUCGACUCCGAUAUCCUUGCCGGCUUCGACGCUGCCGCCUCCGACGGUGUUGAUGUCCUUUCCGUCUCGAUCGGUGGAGGUGACGGCGCUGCAUCUCCCUACUACCUCGACCCCAUCGCCGUGGGUUCCUACGGCGCCGCCUCUCGCGGCGUCUUCAUCGCUACUUCCGCCGGCAACGACGGCCCCUCUCCAAUGUCAGUCACGAACCUCGCUCCUUGGCUCACCUCCGUCGGUGCCGGCACCAUUGACCGCACCUUUCCCGCUUCCGUUCGCCUCGGUGACGGCCGGACCCUCUCCGGCGUCUCUCUCUACUCAGGCGCGCCUCUCGCCGUCGACUCCAUGUUUCCCCUCGUCUACCCGGGCAAAACCGGCGGCCUUUCGGCCUCACUUUGCAUGGAGAACUCUCUAGAUCCGAAGCUAGUCAGUGGCAAAAUCGUGAUUUGCGACCGCGGCAGCAGCCCUCGCGUCGCCAAGGGCUUAGUCGUUAAAGAAGCCGGCGGCGUCGGGAUGAUCCUCGCUAACGGAAUCUCCAACGGCGAAGGCCUCGUCGGCGACGCUCACAUGCUCCCCGCGUGCGCCGUCGGUUCGGACGAAGGUGACGCCGUUAAGGCCUACGUGGCAUCUUCCCCAUCCCCAACGGCCACGAUCGUCUUCCAAGGCACCGUAGUCGGCGUGAAGCCGGCUCCAGUCGUGGCUUCCUUCUCGGGCCGAGGUCCCAACGGGUUGAGCCCGGAGAUACUCAAACCCGACCUAAUCGCUCCAGGUGUCAACAUCCUAGCGGCUUGGACAGACGCGGUAGGCCCAACCGGGUUAGACUCGGACAAACGGCGCACCGAGUUCAACAUCCUAUCGGGGACCUCGAUGGCUUGUCCUCACGUGAGCGGCGCUGCUGCGCUGCUGAAAUCAGCGCACCCGAACUGGAGCCCGGCUGCGAUCCGAUCGGCGAUGAUGACAACAGCUACACUGCUCGACAACCAGAUGCAUCCGGUGACGGACGAGUCAACCGGUAACCCGGCGACGCCGUUAGAGAUGGGAGCCGGUCACCUGAACCUGGAGCGGGCCUUGGACCCGGGCUUGGUCUAUGAUUUAUCGGAUCAGGAUUAUGUGAACUUCUUGUGUGAUAUCGGGUAUGGGCCUCGCACCAUCGAGAUCAUCACCCACGCGCCGGUCACGUGCCCAGCGAGAAGAGGAUCAGCGGAGAAUUUGAAUUACCCGUCGUUAACGGUUGUGUUUGACGGCGUGACGGCGGGGAACGGAAGCAAGACGGUGGUGAGAACGCUGACGAAUGUGGGAGCUGACGGUGUUUAUAGAUCGAAGGUGGAGAUGGUUGCGGGGAAAGGCGUGGUGGUCGGGGUGAAGCCGGGGAAGUUGGCGUUCACGAAGACGGAGCCCAAGCGGAGUUUCGCCGUUACUGUGACGGUGACGGAGGAUGCGGUGGAGGCAGAGUCGGGCAUGGUGGGGUAUGGCUACUUGGUGUGGUACGAUGGAGCGCAUGAAGUGCGGAGCCCUAUCGUGGUCUCGCGGAUCCAACCGUUGUGAUUGAUGUAGGGCAGCCCUCACGAUGGACUGUUGUAGAUCGGUUAAUGCGAGUCUCUGCCUUGAAGACGGGAAUAUUAUUAAAUUAUUAUUAAAAAAAGGUGUGAAAAUGGUAAAAGAGAGAAAAAAGGGGAAGGUAGUAGAGGAAAGGGUUUGUUUGUUAAUUUAAGUGUUUGUGUUUUCGAGGAUAAAUAGUUAAUUUAAGAUGUUUGGUUUGUGACUGACGGUGACUGUGAAAGUUGUCUGGGUUUACUUGAAGAAUGGGCUUUAUCUUUCCGG